GCGAGCUGCCUCUCCUCCCCAAAGUGUGGAGCAGGAGCGUGGGGAGUGCAGCGCGGUGCCUGCUCCGCCACCAAACUCCUUGGGGCGCAGCGGGCCUCGGGGCCACCUUCUCCUCUGCCGGGAAGAACCCCUUCCAGAUAGGUUUCAGCCUGACUUUUUCACCCCUGUUUCUCUCGUCUUCGUCUUUUUUUUUUUUUCCCCUCUGGCCUCCGACUUCAGACUGCUGCAGCCUGAGCCUUCCCGGGGCGCAGCUCUUUGGGGCUGCCCAUCCCUCUGGCUGUGAAAACGGACGUGCGCCCUGCUUGGGGCGAAGCAAAGAAGAAAAACUUGUGGGAGGGAUUUCGCCAACCCACUGUAACCCCCUUCCCGCAACCCCAGCCCUCGCUGGGGGCCAUCCCAAGACCCGGGAAAGUUCCUCCGUGGCGACAGCCCUUUCGGAUCUGGAGGCGGCACCUUCGCUGGCGCUGGAAUUAGAUCUGUUUUGAGCCCGGUGGAGCAUAUCGCAGGGGCUCGGAAGUGGUGGGCUCUGCCGGCGUGGAACCCAGAGUUUGCAAGCCCCGACUGCAAGUGGCCUUUCCUGCUGGCAGUUGUGCUGCGUCUGGAUUGCGAGUGUUGUGGCAAGUUGCGAAGACAGACCCGAGGUCCGGAGAGGACUGAGCUCCUUCUUGCGCUCCCUGCUUCCUCUUCCCGGCUCUCGGGGUGCAAGCCCAGAGAAAUUUACAGAGACCUCCGGUCCUGCCGCGAGGGUCCUCAGCGCUCAGCUCGGAGCUCCCCAUUGCUACUUGGAGACCCCAGCGCCGGGCGUGGGGAAGGCCUGGCGGGGAGCGGGAGGGAGGUCGUGGCGCGCCAUGGCGGGGUUCCUGAGGGGCGACCUGGCCGCGGCUGGAGUUGUGUUACUUUGCCACUUUUUAAUGGACCGGUUUCAAUUUGCUGACGGGGAGCCUGUGAACCAGAUCAAUGAUUGGCGAUAUCAAGUUGCUCACAUCUUCCCUCAAACAGAAGAGGAAGUGGAAGUAGACACAUAUGCUUUCAGCCACCGGUGGAAAAGGAACUCAGAUUCUCUUAAGGCAGUCGACACAAACCGAGCAAGCAUGGGUCAAGACUCCCCAGAGCCUCGAGGCUUCACAGACCUAUUGGAUGAUGGGCAGGACAACACCACCCAGAUUGAGGAGGACACAGACCACAAUUACUAUAUAUCUCGGAUAUAUGGUCCAUCUGAUUCUGCCAGUCGGGAUUUGUGGGUGAACAUAGAUCAAAUGGAAAAGGACAAAGUGAAGAUUCAUGGAAUAUUGUCCAAUACUCACCGGCAAGCAGCAAGAGUGAAUUUGUCCUUCGAUUUUCCAUUUUAUGGCCAUUUCCUCCGUGAAAUCACUGUGGCUACUGGGGGUUUCAUAUACACUGGGGAAGUUGUACAUCGAAUGCUAACAGCCACACAGUAUAUAGCACCUUUAAUGGCAAAUUUUGAUCCCAGUGUAUCCAGAAAUUCAACAGUCAGAUAUUUUGAUAAUGGUACAGCACUUGUGGUCCAGUGGGAUCAUGUUCAUCUCCAGGAUAAUUACAACCUUGGAAGCUUCACAUUCCAGGCAACUCUCCUCAUGGAUGGACGCAUCAUUUUUGGAUACAAAGAAAUUCCAGUCUUGGUCACACAGAUAAGUUCGACCAAUCACCCAGUGAAAGUGGGGCUGUCUGACGCAUUUGUCGUUGUCCACAGGAUCCAACAAAUUCCCAAUGUUCGAAGAAGAACAAUUUAUGAAUAUCAUCGAGUAGAGUUACAAAUGUCAAAAAUUACCAACAUUUCAGCUGUGGAGAUGACUCCACUGCCUACAUGUCUCCAGUUUAACAGUUGUGGCCCCUGUGUAUCCUCUCAGAUUGGCUUCAACUGCAGUUGGUGUAGUAAACUUCAAAGAUGUUCCAGUGGAUUUGAUCGCCAUCGGCAGGACUGGGUGGACAGUGGAUGCCCUGAAGAGUCAAAAGAGAAGAUGUGUGAGAAUACAGAGCCAGUGGAAAGUUCUUCUCAAACCACCACUACCACCAUACAAGCAACAACCACACAAUUCAGGGUCUUAACCACCACCAGAAGAGCAACCACAUCCCAGCUGCCCACCAGCCUGCCCACAGAAGAUGAUACCAAGAUAGCACUACAUCUAAAAGAUAAUGGAGCUUCUACAGAUGACAGUGCAGCUGAGAAGAAAAGAGGGAGCCUUCAUGCAGGCCUCAUUGUUGGAAUUCUCAUCCUGGUCCUAAUUAUAGCAGCAGCCAUUCUUGUGACAGUCUAUAUGUAUCACCAUCCGACGUCUGCAGCCAGCAUCUUCUUUAUUGAGAGACGCCCAAGCAGAUGGCCAGCAAUGAAGUUUCGAAGAGGUUCUGGCCAUCCUGCCUAUGCUGAAGUUGAACCAGUUGGAGAGAAAGAAGGUUUUAUUGUAUCAGAGCAGUGCUAAAAUUUCUAGGACAGAACAGCACCAGUGCUGGCUUACAGGUGUUAAGACUAAAUUUUGCCUAUACCUUUAAGACAAACAAGCAAACACACACAUACACGCACACACACACAUGCACACACAUACACUCACUCAUAGGAGCCCUAAGCUGCUCCAGCCUGAAGGAGACGAGAUUUCCUGAGCCCAGCCCAGGAAGGGUAAAAGAAAAACUAAAAUUUAUACAAGAUAUCAUUUACCACUGAACAUAGAAUUCUCUAGUGGAAAGACAUCUAUACUCAGAACAUCUCCUGGGGACUUAUCAGAAGUAUGACAAGAUUAUAAUGCUAUUGGCUUAGGUGCAGGUUGCAAAGGGAUCAAGAAAAAAAAAAAUUCUAAAGCUUUAGUUUACGAGGGAUCUCCACCUUUGUUCAAAUUCUUAUCUGAUAUCAUAAAGAUAACUGUGUUCCAAAACCUGAACCCUUCUACGCAAAAGAGCAAUGACGAAUAUAUCAAGAUUGCUGAAAGAAAUAGCUCAUGCAGGAGGAAAAACACAAACUUAAGAAAUUUUCUAUCUUUUCACCAGAUUUGUGGUGGAAGAAUUUUGUUUUUCUAGUCUAAAUCCACUUGUUCACAAAAGUUCAUUACUUUAUGGAUGGCUCUUUUAUCUGUACUAGAGGCUUGAACUAUGCCUUGCUCUUCCCCUGUUAAUGAAUGUUAAUGAAUGCCCUUUCUAUGAGCUGUGACCAAAUUUCUAAACUUUUAGCUAAGGAUGAGGAAAGCAGGAAUGGCAAAUGAGGUUUUCAGUUCUCCCACCUUGGUGUAAAACAUCUGAUUUUUUUUUAAUAAUUGCCUCCAUUUUCCAACUGUGAAGUCCAAUGAAGCCACAGUUGCUCUUGGCUGAGGAAACACAAAGAAACAAUGUGAAGAGUUCCUAAAUUGUUUUAAAAAGAAAAAGGAAUAAGGGAUUCUAAACAGGUGUUUUUGGUUUUGUUUUUUUAACUUUUUUGCUGUUUCAGUACUAAAGGCCCAUUUCAUUGUCAAUUCCUGUCUAAGAAGCCAUUCAAGUCAACAUAUCCCUGGUGAUAAAAAGAAUGAAAGAACCCUGCUGAAUCAUACAGUAAUUUUCUUUAAAGCACAUAGUAGUUACAUAAAUAUAUAUAUAAAUAUAUUUUUGUUUAUAACUAACACAAGGCAGGCUCUUGUGAUUCUGAGUGCAUUUUGUCAUCAAGACAAAACAAAUGCAGAUGCAUUACAGCAUAUUUCCAUAGAGUUGUAAAAUAAUCCUUAAUAUUAGAAUAUUUUUAUGUCACUUAGAAAAAUUGGUUCAAUUAGUUGCAGGACCAAUCAUUUUCCUGCCUAUUUGAGCCACUCUUUCAUUUGUAUCAACCCUUCCUUCCCUUGCCAAAUAAUCCAGAUGCAAAAGCUCCUUAGAUGGGCCUGUUAUUUGCCAUGUAAUCACAAUCCAGAUUUUGAAAUUUCCCCAUAAAAGGAGAGGCAUCCCUUGAGGAGGAAUGUGGCACAUAUAUAUAUACCAAGCUCCUAAAGGUUAGUUCAGGUACUGUGUGUACAAUUCCAUCAACAUCUCGACCCAUGAUACUUACAUCCAGUGCCAAAACAAGCUGUUGGUUCUUGUAGGGUGUAGUGUCCAACAUUUGCAGAUUCAGGUAUCAAGAAGCUGAGAUGUCUCCUAAGUGGCAUUUUACUAACAGAUUAUGUCUAUAUACAGUGUCUACGUGAAAGGACAUUUUCACAAUUGUCCAAACUAGUGUAUUUUCCAUCACUUAUAUUUUGCUUUAUAUUUUUAAGUACCUGAUGAGGGUGGUAAUUAUUUUCUGAACCUACAUAUUUAAUAAUUGCAAACAAAUUGACAAGCAAAGUAAUUGAAGGGUGUGAUGACAAUCUCUCUGCUGCAGCUAUGUUCAGUUUACAUGAACUAUUCCACCUUAUUUCUUGUGGAGUACAUUUAUGCAGAUACCAAUAACCAAAUGACUUGCCAAUGUAACUGGUGCAACUGGUAUUCUACAAAAGCAUAAGGAACACAUAGACGAUUCCUUUUAGGAUAAGAUGAUGCUACUUUCACUAGCUUUCAUAGUAGCUGUGGUUUCCAAUAGCAGUUGAUUGACAGAUGUAUAAAACCUGUAUAUAUAUCCAACUCCUUACAUAAUUCUUUGAAGUAGUCAUGUUAUCUCUAGACCCUUCAGAGCUCAUCUCUUAUUUUUGAUUCAAAAGAAUUGGCAAUGCUAUGAAAACAAACAAACAUGAAACUCUGAAUUGUCCAGGGAAGUAAAGCACUAAGUAAUAGGGAAUACUUUUUGGAAGGAAAAAGGCUAUUGACUUAAGGAAAAAGUUCCUAAUAAAACAGGAGUUCAAGGUGGUGAGACAUUCUUAUUCUAUAGCAAUCAUCUAGUGGUAAGGGGAAUCCUUAUUUUUAAUGAAAUUUUCAUUCUACUUUAUACUUAUGAUUUGUUCUUGGUGCCCAUAUACUGCAAAGGAAGAAUAGACAUGCACAAAAUUUCUGGAAAUUCAAAAUGAACUUUACAUAUCAAAAAAGAUACAUCUGUUAUUUAAUAUACUAUGACUAUCAUGGGUAGGGUGUAACAGUAACAACUUUAAAAAUUAAAAUUAUGCACACUUCUGGAGAAAUCAAAUGGUGCUACAGAGGUACUUAGUUAAUUCAUCCUAAUUUAUAAAAAUAAUAUUCAAUGAUUAAUUAAAGAUAUUAAAAGUCAUGAAAAAAUAUCUUGAGUCCACCAGAAAGCACAAUGUUGGUUUAUUUAUGAAUGCUUUGGAAUUCAAGUUAUACUAACAAAUUGAAAUCUAAAGCUAAAUUAUAAUAUUUAAUUUAACCCCAAUUAUUAUUUUAGUUCGAGAAACCUAGGGCAUUUGCUAAUGUCUCACAUGUAACUUCUAGGUCUGUGUUGUCCAAUAUUAUAUCCACUUGUCAAAUGUGGCUAUUUAAAUUAAUUAAAUAAAUGAAAUAACAAUGUAUUUCUUCAGCCAUACUAGCCAAUUAUGUCUGAGGCUAGCAUAUUGGACAAUACAAAACAUUCCCAUCACCGAGAAAAUUCUAUCACCCAGAGCGCUAGAGGUCUUUCUUUUUAAUUCCCUCUCCUUGAAUAAAAAGGAGGAACAGGGGAAAAAAGAUUUGGUUUUUCUUGGGUAUAUCUGAAUUUUUUUUUAAAUCACAGAGAGAUAGCAUGGAGUAAUGCAAAGAAUAUUAGCUGCCCCCACUUUGAGUUUCCCACUCUGUUAUUGGGGAAAAUAAUUUCCAUGAGUCUCAGUCUGCAACUUUGGAAAAUAAAAGUAUUUUUGUCCUGUCUCCCUUUCAAGAUUAUUAUCAAGUAGAUUGACUAAAUGUACCAGUGUACGUACUUUUUAAAUUGAUGUCAAUUUAACACACGUAAAGCACAUGUAUUGGUCUAGUACCAGCACAAAGUGUAUUGAAGAAAAUUCCAUCAAUUCUCAUUUCUUGAGAAAAUACCAGAGUACUUUUAAAACAUAAAGCAGAAUGGCUUAAAUUUUCUUUUUUUCCAUCUUAAUAUUUUCUUUACCUGCCCCAGUUCUCUGUUCUCUCAUAGCCAUGUCUCUUGUGGGCAACCUUCAAACUGGCUCAGUUCUCUGUUAUGUAGUCAUUUGGUCUCUCUUGGUUCUUCUUAGUUAAUUUCUCAGCUUACUCUUUACAGCAAAGGCAGGCCCAAGAGCUGAGCAGCAGGCUUUUCUUCAGAGGAAAAUACUCGAAUGUUUUUCACUAUUUUAACCCCACAAUACAGAUAGGACACAAAUGCCACAUAAAAGUAUAAAAAUACAUGGAACUUAAUUUUAUAUGUAAAAAUUUGCAAGUACAGACUGUAUAAGAGGAAUAAAAUUGUAAAUAAUUAUAUUGCCAUCAUAUACAGAUAAUGUGUAUUCUCAGAUUGGUGUGAUUUAUCAGUUAUUGGAAGAAAAAAAAUCUUAUGCUAUUUCCUCAUUUUGAAGGAGUAUAAAAUUGGUAAUACCCCAAGAGUCUGUUGCUCAUUUGACAAAAGUUUUGCUGAAACACAUGCUUGGUUUAAGACACUUACAUCCUAAGAUAAGAAUUAAUAUUUAAAUUAGAUUAACUUAGGAUAAAAAGAACCCUAUGGGUAUGGUUUCUUCCUCCUAGGAGUCAUUUUGCUUUGUAUUUCCUUAGGCAGUUUUCAGAUAUUUUACUAAGAUAUGCCUUACUAAUUCCUAAAGACUGCACUUGCUUUUUCUCCUCCUGUUCACUGUACACCCAUGCUUUGGCAUCUGCAUCCAUAUGCCAGACUCAUGGGAAGCAUCUGAUACAUCCUUUCCAUCAUACAGAUUAGGAAAUUAUAGUCUCAGGGCCUCCCUGGUGGUCUAGGGGUUAAGUCUCAGCACUAUCACUAUCACCAUCACUGCCUGAUUUCGAUCCCUGCCAGGGAGCUUACCCACAUAUGGCACAGCAGACCUCUCCUGUCUUGCCCGCUGCUCCCCUUAGCAGUGUAUUUCAGUGGAUCUGCCUGUUCUGCUCCCCACUCUGUCUCUGGUGAAUCCUCUCACCACCCCACCUCUGGCCUAUGCCCCAGUUAUUCCAUGCAAUAAAUAAAUGAGUCUUUUAAAAAGAAAAAGAAAAUGAUGCCCCCAAAAGAUACAGUGAUUUUCCCAGAGUGAGAACCAGGUAUUGAACUUAAAGUCCUACUGGUAAUUUUUGUUUCGAUUCUCAUUGCCUACACCCCAUUGUCAGCAUGUAUGGGUGACCAAGCAGCUUGGAAGGCACAGACAAUCUGAAGUCUAACUAUAUCUGCUGCACUGACUGCUCUGUCUUCUACUGAUGAACAUUGGACCAAUCUAACUCUUUCAUGUUGCUGUAGUAACAAUGGUGCCAUUUUUAUACAACCAGUGAAGUCAAGCUCUAGCUACUACAAAGUCUAUUUGGUUUUGUAUCUCUCUUCCUCUACUCCUACAUGUGGUCCAUCUAAGUUAGCAGUACUAUAUUUUGCUAUUUAAAAGUACUCUGCCUUUGCUUCAUUUCUUCCCAAAUGCACCUGAAAACUAUCUUUAUACCAUGUUUCCUCACUACAUAUAUACUCACAAUUUUUAUUUGCUUUUUAAAACAAUUUGAACAUUUUGCCCAAGUCUCUCUUAGCAAAUAUUAUACAGUCUGUAGCACUACCUAUUACAUACACAUAUUACAUUAUGUAUUUGUAAAGCACUUUACAUUUAUAAAGCACUUUGAUUCAUCCCUUUAAUUGUUCAUUCAUUCAACCACUCAAUUCACUUAAAUAUUUAUCGAGCACCUUCUAGAACCAAGUUCCUUCGCUAGAUCUUGUGAUAGAUAUAUAGUGAUAAAUAUAAAUAGUGAGAAAUCAGGCAUGUCAGCUGAUAAUUGUAAUGCAGUGAAAUCGUCAAAAUACUUUGCCAGUAGGUAGGAUCAAUAUUACUCUAUCCACUUUACAAUUCCAAUUUUCUGUUCAAUAUAGGGAACUAUUAAGUACUUGCCUGAAGACUGUUUCUGAAAUAUUAUACAUCACUGCACAUCUGUGCUGUUUGCUCUAUUUCAUAUGAUCUGUUAAUAUCAUUUAUGAAAAAAAUAAGUUACUCAUCCUUAGUUGUCCCCAACCCAGGACAACUUUUCAGGUCACUUGAAUUCUUUCUGACCACGGUUAAUAGUUCACUUUCUUGCACCAAUAUUUCUGUUAUGGUUUUUGAAACUAUCAACAGCAUAGUUUUAAGGUAUUUCAAAACACCAGUGUAUCAAAGAAGCAUUUGCACUUUAGCUGUAUAUGGUUGCUUGUCUUUUAUUAGAGUAUCUCAGGUUUCCUCAACCUUGGCACUGUUGACAUUUUGGGCAUCAUGAGUCUUUGUUGGAAGUGAAGGGUCUGGGAGUGGCCCCAUGCAUUAUGAAGUAUGUGCAGAUUUCAAGCUUGGCUGUAUACCAGUAGGCCACAUACUGUCACACAUAUCCAAUUGUGACCCUGGGUGAAAUUGGCAAAAUGACUGGAUUAUAUCAGCAAAAAGAGAUACAUUUCUGUCUGUCCCUUAAUCUUCAUCAUAAAAGUCUUUAUGAGACUCAGAAUCAUAAAUUCUUUGAAUUAAAGGGGACUGCACUGUAAAAUUUGCGAGUCUGACUACAUACCCAACAUCAUCUUUAUUUCUCCAUCUCUCAGUUUUACAAAUUUAUUGGAGAAGAUUCAAAGAUUAUCACUGAAAAUUUGUGAAUUGGCUUUUUGGAGUUUUAGGUAAAACUGUUUGGCAAUUGUGCUUUACUGAUGUAAUAGCAGUUAUGGGGAUUGUUGCUUCAAUCUGAAGACUUCAUGUCAUACAACUUCAGUAUCUCAGAGAUUUUGCUUUGAGGAGUUUUCUUUUGGUCAUUUCAUACAUCUGCAAAUAUUGUUCUUUUAUCUUUGCCUUCAAAAUAUGCAUAGAAGUUGAAAUUUGGACAUCUAAUUUUAGGUACAUCUGGAUGAACUUUCUAAUUCUGAUAAUGAUUUUUUUUCUGAUAAUAUCACUCCUUACAAAAAUAAGUGGCUGUCUUAAGUAAUUGAAAAUUGGAAAUUUCAGUGGUGAAAUGCUUCAAUUUAUCAAACCAAAGUUCCUACUUAUUUGAUGUACCUUAUGUCAAUUUUGCUCUAGGGUUAGUGAGGUCCUGUGAAUAACUGAGUCCUAUCAGUUUGUAUUUGUAUGUGUUUUGUACCAAUUUGCAAAACUUGGUGAAGUUAUACAAAGACAUCCCCUUGUAAAUAUUGCUAGAACUAACAUCAAAAAUCCAACUAGAAUAUCAGACCUCCCUUUAUUCCUUGCUAAAAGAUACUGAAAGCAUUCAUAAGUAUUUACUAUAUGUUGCUACUAUGAAUACACAACUGUAAGCCUUGAUUAUGAAGUCUCAGGCUGUAAAAUAUUGACAAGCACACCUGAAGUGAAUGCUUUUAAGGCAAUCAUGGAGACUGUCAAGUGUGUAUAUGAUUUUCUACUCUCCCACUGUCAAUACAUUCAAUAAGUGCUACUUUACAUCAUAAGCUGAUCUUCUAAUUUCAACUUAAAUUUUAACACAUCUGUUUAUUGCUUGACAUAACUUUUAAACUAUCCAGCACACAAAGGUUUCAGAAAAUUUUUGCAGAGUAUAAUUAUCCUAGUAAUUUUUAAUCAGUCGUCAUAACUGAUGUAGUGACUAUAUCAUCAUUGAUUUCUCCACAACACCUUUUUAUGAAGGACCAAAUUAUGUCUAAAGGAAUAAAAUGCUCAAAACUUGUUACUAGAAGUGAUUUUCCAAAUUACUGCCAGCACUGAAAGAUUGUUAUUUUAAAUCCAGAAUAAAAAGGCUGGGGGGAAAAUGCAAAUCAUAUGUUGCUACUCAUCUUUUUCUAAUUUCUAAGGUUUACUAACAUUUGAGAAUUACAAAAAAUAUCCUCUCCUAAUGUAAUAAAGUUGAAAAAAUUGAUUUGGCAGGCAGUGAUAUAUUCAUCUUGAUUCACUUAAAAAUUUCAGUGACUUCUUUCAUUCCCACUGGAGUGCCAGGUUUUAAAAACAGUCUUUUCCCUAGUAUUACCACACACAUAUAUAUGUACACGUACACACACACACACACACACACACACACACACGACCAAAAUAUCACCUACCGAUCUAGAAACUAUAAACCUUCUGUGCCUAUUGAAUAGAUACAUAACAUGAAAUUAAUUUUAGAAGUUUGCGAAGUGGAGAGCAAUAUAAACAUGCUUCUGGGUGGGUGGAGGUGAUUCAUGGAAAAAAUAAAGCCCAAAUACAGUGUCAAGCAGACAUUUCAACUUUCUCAGAGCUAUGUGCAAAUAAAAAGUCAAUGAGUAUCAGUCCACAUUUAGGUCAGAUACUGGAGCAUAGAUCUUAAAAGUUAUGCUAAGAAACAUGAUGUUCUGGAGAUAAAAAUCAGGGAUAUUCUCGAUUAAUCUAAAAUGCUGCCAUCUUCCUCCAGUACUUCUUUCAUGGCACUAAUCUUAAAAUCACUGAGGCCCCUGGUCUAGAGAAUUGAGUUAUUUAUGGUUGGUUAAUGACCAAAAAGAGACUUUCCAUUUAUCUCCCUCUGAUUUACAAGGCAUAACUAUGUUCUUUGUUUCCCUUAUGCCAGAGACCACGAGACAGCCAACCACACACAGGCACUAAAUAAAAUAAAAAUAAUUUUCCUGCUGAGAGGAUAAGAAAGAGCACUUUCACCUACAGACACAGAGCUGGAUCUCUGUGAAGUCUGUCCAUCUCAGGACACAGACUCAAGCACUGUUGUCGAGACACUGUGUUCAACCCUAAGCUACCAUUUCAAACACAGUUUGAACAAAAACAUGCUCAGAUUGUCAUAUUUGUGGCUGGAAAAUAAAAAGUCAAACUAAGUGUCCUUCACCAGGCUACUCUGAAAAUACCAUUAAGAGAAAUCAGAGCUUCCUACUUAAGAAGUGUUCAAUAUCAUUUUAGGGAAAUGAAUUAAAUCUCUCUAGGCACAGACAUUUUGUGUACAUUAUAACCGAGUCUCAGGGCCCUAACUGAGAAGGGGAAAGUCUUUUCAUUCGUUGGUCAAAACAAAUCUCUCAUUUGCCUCAUUUGAGGAAUUUGGACGGUGCCUGGGAAGUACAUUAUUUUCAGUGGAAAAAAGAGACCGUCCUUUUUGCAUGCCAGCUGGGAUCAUGGGAACCUCCAGUGCCAGGAAUUUACUACUGUUUCUGGUAAUUCUGCUUGUAGUCAUUUGAAAUGUUGAAGUGUGAAAGGAGAGCUUGGGCACCCGAGGGGCUGUCUGUGUUUUAUGCCAGUUGCACCAGCAUGCAGAAUAUUUGUAAAUGCAUUUCAAAAUGGGUAUAAUUGUGCCCUUUGUCAAAAUCACAAAGCUCACUGUGGUGCUGCUACGAGAACACUGGGGAAAAUCUGACCCUCUAGACUCAGUCCACCCCAAACAAAAGGAAAGACUGUGUGGGUAAGUACAGCAUAUUGAAAUUUGCUUCCCACUGUUUUCCAAAACCCUGCAUGUCAAAUCAAGGACACGUCUUUCAGGUGAAGGUUAAUUUUGCAGAGGUCUUCCAAAACUCCAUCUAAUACAAGGCUUGGAAAAUAGCAUUUUGAAUUUACUCCAGUCCUCAAGACAUCAUUCCUAUUUCCUUUGCCAUGUCAACGAGACAUACCAAGGCUGCAUUCAUUCCUGACAAAAUAACACACGCAUACUUCAUGUGACCUCAUGCUUGACAUACCUGAACCUGCAAAUGAAGAAAGGAUCGUAGCUAAAUUUGCACUAAUGGUGUCUGAUCGCAAAAGAGGUGACACCUUCAUUGAAAUCCUUGGUUGAAAUUUAAUAAUUCAGAUGCUACAUACUUCUGUAAGUUUCUUGAUUAUUUUCACAGUAAGAUUAAUUACGAAUUUGAAUGUAUUUUCUUACAGUUCAUUAAUUUGCCAUCUAUAUUUUACCUGGGAUCAUUAUGAUUGCAAUAAUUCAUUAAAGUUUACUUCACAUCAUUUUUAAACCAAGUUUUUCUGUAAUUUUUCUGGUUCUGCUUUCAGUAUGUGAGAAAUCUUAUUUUUUUCCUAGUAAAUAUUUUAUAAAAAAGCCAAUGUAUCAGCUGUCAUGGUGACAAAACUCAUCUUUAAAGAUCUGGAAGCUGGUGGUGACCAAAUGUUACCUGUGUUCUCUCUCUUGAUUACUUUUUUCAGAAUUAAAUCAUGUUUUCUCAAUUUCAGUUGGAGUCAACAAUUUGGGGACUUUAGAA